UACUGAAGGACAUCAGCGGAGUCACGAGCUGAAUUCAGAGAUAAUUACAGCACAUGAAAGCGCUGCUUUAGCUAACGGCUGUUUUUAAUGAGUUCAGCUCAGAUAACGAGGCGCUUCAUGAGCUGAAUAAUGUGCUUUGUUCUGCUGCGUCCAGCUCUCUUUCUCCUCAGAGUUAGCAGGACAGUAGAGGCUCAUGGGACAGAUGAUGUUCCUCGUGUUUCUAAUGGUGAUGAACGCUUUGUUCUCUCAGUCGCCGUUGAGUUCCGCGCGGCUCUGGACGGAGGAGUAUGUGCUCAGGACAACAUGAUCAAGUCGCUCACGCUUCCUCCCAAGAAAACCGUCACCUUCCCCAGUGACCUUCAGGAAACACCGGCCAAACCUCAGCUCAUCCACAAACAGCCUCCCGCCCUGCCGCCCAAACCCUUCUCCAGACUGACCAAUCACAGCACAGACUCGUGUCAGCCGCUGAAGGUGUCGUGUCUGCAGGGAAAGCCGUCUCCUCCUCUGCCUCCUAAGAAGCUGAUGCUGUACUCGUCCUCGGCCACGCCGCUCUCGUUCUCUCAGUACAGUCACCCGUCGAACCGUAUCAUCGACGAGCUGCAGAAGGCGCUAGCGCUCGCCAUGCAGAGACUCGACAGCUCUGCGGUUCACGCGGGUCAGUACAGCGCUCCACUCCGGGCCGUGGUGAUCGACUGUGACGAUGAUAAAGAGAACAUCCCCAACGAGUCUGACUAUGAGGACCUGCCCAGCAUGUAUAAAGAUGAAGAGGAGGAUGACGACGAUUCACUCUUUACAAGCACUCUGGCGCUGAAGAUCCUGAGGAAGGAUUCUCUGGCGGUGAAGCUGAGUAACAGACCGUCUCCGAGAGAUCUGCAGGAGAAGAACAUCUUACCUGUACAGACAGAUGAGGAGCGACUGCAGUCCAGACAGCUCAUCGGCACCAAACUCACACGGAGACUGAGUCAGAGACCCACGGCUGAAGAGCUGGAGCAGAGGAACAUCCUCAAACCUCGUAAUGAGCAGGAGCAGAUGGAGGAGAAGAGAGAGAUCAGACGCCGACUCUCACGCAAGCUGAGUCAAAGGCCUACAGUGGAGGAGCUGCGACACGCUAAGAUCCUGAUCUGCUUCUGUGAUUACGUGGAGGUGGCAGACGCUCAGGACUACGACAGACGCACAGACAAACCCUGGACGAGACUCACAGCGGCCGACAAGGCCGCCAUCAGGAAAGAGCUGAAUGAUUUCAAGAGCAAUGAGAUGGAGGUGCACGAGUCCAGCCGCCAUCUGACCAGGUUUCACCGGCCGUAGAGGAGCACCGCUGAUGGACUCGUCACGAGCUGGAUGCCUUCAGCAGAAC